AAAGUGAAAGCGAAAGUAUAACACAGGUGAACAAUGCUGUUCCCUACAGGGACGGUUGCAAAAACAUGGACGUAGGAGAUUGCAAACUACAAAGGAGAGUUUAAGUUUUACGCCGAUUAAAACGGGACAGAGUUUGGAUAUGAAGAUAUUUCCGAGUCAUUAAAACAGCCUGACGUCGAAACACAGCCACACAAUGGAGGAUGAGUUGACGUGCCCCGUCUGUCUCGAGUUGUUUGCUGAUCCCCUUCUCUUGCCAUGCUCACAUAGCAUUUGUAAGAAAUGUCUACAAGAUAUUGUCGACAACCGGUCGAAGUCUGGGAAAGACGGUUUAGAUUGCCCCACAUGCAGGAAAUCUCAUCCAAUCAAUCGCAACAAAGUCGGUAAACUAACAAGAAAUCUCGCUCUAGAAAACAUUGUGUUCCGCUACCAAGAAAUCCAGAGUCAGAACUUGUCCAGAAGUCGGAACAGCCUUGACCUUACUCUUGACUUUUUUAGUCCAACGUCUCCAGUACCCGCGUCUUGUAUAGGCUCAGGCUCUGUGAGUUUUGAUAGUGCUAUGGAGCCUUGGUCUGUGGAAGACGGAAAUGAACUAUGUGGAUUGUGUGAAGAAAACGUAAAAAACAAAGCUUCCUUGUAUUGUGAACAAUGUUGUGUGGCAUAUUGUCAUACAUGUUUAGACACGUUUCAUCCUAGACGCGGUCCUCUAGCCCAUCAUAAACUGAGAUCACCGACUAAGAGCGAGUGUUCAGGAAAGGAAGCCUAUUGCGACGAUCACGUCUCGGAGGUGGCGGCAAUAUUUUGUGACCGUUGUAAGCAGCUUGUUUGCCACCUUUGUGUCUGCGAUGGAAUCGGGAAACAUUCGCAGCACAAGAUUCUUGCCAUAGACACGGCACUAGCGCAAACUAAGGAGGUUGUUUCUCAAACGAAAACAAAGCUUGAAACCAUGGUUACCACACUUUCUGAUCAGAUGAGCAAACUCGAGGAAAUGGCGGCAGAUAUCGAGAAAAUGCACUCUGAAGCUUCCGAGAAAAUAGAUACCCAGCAUCAGAGACUGGUUGAAGAUUUAAUGACAUGUCUGCGACAACAAAGACAAACCAGUCUACAAAAUGUCACAGAGACAAAAUCUCGAGUCUUGACGAAAUACAGAUUGCAGAUAGAAGAAAGUCAUCAGCAACUACGGACGCUGGACACACUUGUUGAGGACUGCAAGGUGUUUUUGGACGAGGAUCAUCCCAAAGGGCUGCUGAGUAAAGCCGGGGAUGUGGCUCUUAUUGUGCAGCAACAGGAAAUAGUUGCCAACAAAAUGGGUCCAGGGCGUAUUUCAUACCAGGAGUUGGUAUCGGACAAAACAAGCCAACAAGAGAUUAAAACCGCAGUCGCAACUUUCUACAAAUCAGCACAUGCCACUUUGAACAGCAUGCUGGCAGAUGAAGGGGAACAAUGCCGGAGUCUCAUUCCAGUUAUAAAAAGUUCCGCAUCGCUAAGCAAGGAAGGGCCACACGUUGUUAACAAGUGCCUUACUACGUGGGGUUUCAACUCGUCAAGCUUCACGGCCGAACCUCUCGAGUAUAGCGCCAUGUGGAGCGUGACAAUUGAAAAAAAUGCUAGUCAGUUAGGUGAUCUGAAAACUGGGUAUAUAUUCGGUGUGGGAAUCUCAUUUGAGAAAUUGACCGCUAAAGAUCAGGUUGGAAUCAAUAGAGUUUCGCAUGGGAUAAUCUGCACUGCAGGAAGUUUAGCAUAUUCACAUGAUGGUAAAAUAGAACAGCUCAUGCCAUUGGACAGUUUGCCUUUGUCAGUCACAAUAUACUGCACAAUCGACGAAUCAGAUAAGGUGUUACUUGCGUAUACAAUCACAGAUACAAACUGGGGUGACUCUCUUCAUGGGAAGAAAGUUCUUGUUGAUCAGUCUUCCAAAAAUAAAGUUUUUCCUGUGUUUACGGUUAGUCAGCGGGUCAAGAUGCAAUUUCCAACUUAUGUUUGACAUCUGUGCAAUAAACUGAUUUCAAUUUGUAGAAUUUAAUGUUUUGUUACAAGGAAGAAGACAUGUUAUAAAAUUAGAAAUAAUUAACAAACUAAAUGUUUUCAUGAUAAUAUGAAGUGACUUAUUUAUGCUACAAAGAAGCAGAAAUAGAAAUGGAUCUGACUUUAAUUUUAUCAUUUGAUUGAACUGAAAGAUUUUAUAAUUUAUCUAUGAUCUUUAAAGCCUUUUCUAUUGUAAUGUGCAAUGCUUUUCUGUAGAAAUCGUUUUUCAGCAAUAGAUAUUUACCAUUAGCCCAUUCCAGUAAUUAUCUUCACACUUACUUUAAAGUAAAUAAUCAUUUCCCCACCACAACCUGUGAGGGGAUUAAAUGAAUGCCAUAGGUUGUCUUUGACAUUUUAGAUUCCUGUCAAUAUAGAUACAUCCAGGAAUAAUACAAUUGUUUGAAAAUGAUCAUCAGAUCAACGCAAUUUGCAGAACCCUUAGUGGAAUCUUGCCAGGUCAAGGUCACAGUACUAGGCCCAUUUUGCUGUGCAUUUUGUGUCCGUUCCAUAUCUCAUACACAUUACACACAUAGGAAGUUUAUUGCUGAAACUUGGGUCACAUUUUUGGUUCCUAUCAUAGAGAGGUGACUUGUAGAAUCCAUUUUGGAACCAAGCCAGCUUAUGUCAAGGUCACAACAGUUCCAGGGUCCCAUGUUAAACCCAUAGAGGUGUUGUGAUAAUUCCAUAAUGGUUCAGAAAUCCACCUUCAAGGUUAUACCCAAGGGAUUGCAGUUGUAAUCACAACCAUCUUAAUUUAGCAAAUUCAUUACAGUGACAAGUUGAAUUUUUUUUCAUUUCCUUAACUUGAUGUUUAUUUAAAAUACUCUAGUAAAAGUUAAAUUCACAACCAUAUGUAGCAAAAUAAUGAAAAUUUGACACUAAGAACUUUGAUAUUGACAACUAAAAUUGACUUAGAUCAUUGUUCAUGAAUUUAACCUUAGCCAUAACUCGACCGAUAUUCAUGUGAAACCCAGUACACAUGUUACCAGGAGGCAAUGCCCAUGUGUAGCAAGGUCAAUAACUGGGAGUAAAAGAAUAGUUGAGUUAUGAGUUAUGCACGUGUUGGCAUCCACCCUGGGGAGCUCUUGUUUUAUUAAACAAUUCACCAAAAAACGGCAUUAUCUUCUGGUGAGGAAGUUGAAUUUAUCUGUUGUUGACUUUUUUUAAGUGGUUUCUGUGGCUUAAAAAAUAUCAUUUAAAUUCAGUCUAGUAUAUUUAUUAUUCUAUAUUGUGUAGAGAAAUCUUGAUAUUUAUACUGUAUGAACUGCCAGGUGUCAUGCGUUAUUUGUUUAUGUCAGUAUUGCACUCUGAUUGGAUAAGCACAGCAUCCUUAUGUUACAAUUAUUGGCUUUUAUAUUGCAUCCUUAUGUUACAAUUAUUGGCUAUUAUAUUGUACAAACCUUUUUUGUUGAUAACCUUUCAUUAACAAUAACCGAUUAUCCCAGUUUUUUCAUGUGUUCAGAGGAUAGGAACACAGGAUGGCUGACAAAUUACAUACAGCACUUCAAACAGCAUUAAUAAUUUAAUACAGAAAAAAUAUAAUAAAUCCUUGUUAUUUUUAUACAAAGAUGUGUACUGGUAUGUUUAAUUUUGUUCAAUAUUGAAAAUGAUAUAUUUGUUUAAUAAUAAAAUGAAAUCGAAAAAAAAAAUGAAAAAAUACCUCAUUACAUGUAAGUGGCAAUCCGCAUAUUGUUUGUAUUACAGUAUUUAUGUUAUGUGCAUGACAAUAUUUAUAUAUGUUUCUCUUACGGUAAUAAAAUAACAA